AUGGCAACGGACGCCGGGUUCUGGAUUUCGCAGGCGGCGCACAGCCUAGCGGCCACCUCCGCGGCUCCCAUGGAGGUCUAUGGCGACUGGGCGCCGGAAACCGAGGAGUGCUGGAGGAUUAUCAAGAAUCUCGAGUCCACUCUUGAACAGUUCCGGCUCAGUCCCAGAUUUACUAUUUCAGAUGAUUUGAAGGUUGGCUUUUUCAGCACAGACCAUGCCACUCAAACAGAUUCCAGUGAGAUUUUGCCAUUGAAAGAAUUGAGCUUAGCUACACAAAAUCUAGUGCAGAUUACUAAAUCCCUACAGGUGGAUUUUGGGUUCCUCAAGCAAUUGAUUCAACUGAGAUUUGAGGACCGUCUUAAAGAGGAAUCUUACAGACUCUUCGCUUCUCUACGUGACAGGAUCAUGACCAUUGAAAAACAUUACCAACAGAAUGAAGAGAGCUUACGAAAAUGCUAUAAUCAGCAGCUGGCCGAUGCCAUAGGUACUAUCAAAGGAAUGUACCAGGAUAAUAGUGUGCUGUAG